AUGGAUUCCCGAGAAAACAGCGGUCCGGUUCCGCUAGCGGGCCAAGCGGCCCUGCCCAGAUACAAGGGCACGUACAAUGUGAACGCAUUGGCAACCGAGUCCCAUGAUACAGAUUCCAGUGUUGAGCCGUUGCAGGAGGACCUGGACACCCAAAAAUCGGACACAGAUCAGGACGAGCCUCUGGGAUCAGUGCCCGUUCGCAAAACCCCGGACUUCUUUCAGCCCGUCAUGAAUAUAAGCGAUGCGAACAAUGGCAGUACCGCGUCAUUGCCGUCCCAGCAGGGCGAGUACGAGGGAAAAGCGCCCGAUUUGGACACAGAGCCCAAGCUGAUGUCGAACCUGAGCUCGCCCGUGCGCGUGCUGCACCACAAGCAGGGGUCAAUCGGCGACAUGCUCAGCGACAAGGACGAUCAGGGGUCUAGAACUUUGCGUCAGUCCACAGCCACGGAAAAAUCAAACUACUCGCAUAUCAUCGAUAACUACCAGGACGGCCCGGACUCGCCGUCCAGAAACACCAGGUCCGAGCCCGAACACAUACCCAGAUCUUCAAACGGGUCGAAUCUGGCACUUGGUGGCCGAACGUCGAACGGCUCUGCCAACCUCAUGAACGGGUCAGAUCUCCGACCCGACAAACUGGGGCCUCCGUCCAACAGGUCUGCGUCGUCGUCGAUCUCGUCCGCGCGCAAGCCCGUCUCGGUGGCCACAACGCCCUCCUCGGAAACCAAGAAGAGCAAGAUCAAGUCCAAGAAGAUGUUUGGCAACAUCACCAGCUUCGUUUCAAGUUUGAGUGCUUCUUCGUCCAGAUCGGCCACUCCGUCGCGCAUCAUUUCGGAACCGUACGACUACGUCCGGCACCAGCACGUCGAGUACGAUCCAGACUCCCAAACAUACAUUGGAUUGCCCGAGGAAUGGAAAAAGGCCCUUGCUGCUCAAGGUGUUACCGUGGAGGACCAGAAACGCAACCCCCAGGCCGCCAACCAGGUCAUCAACUUCUUCAACACAAACUACAACGACACCUCUAACAAAUACAUGAAGGUCCAGGGCCACCAGUCGCAGCGCAGCAACGACAACGACGACAGUUUGAGCGACAGUGAUUUCAAAACCCCAAAUCUCUCGUCAGCUACGCAGUUCGAUCCGUCCAGCGCCAAGACCACCACCACGAGUCCAUCCAGCUCGCGUCUCCUGGCCACCCCAAUAUCCUACCAGAAAGAGCCAACAUUUUCUGCGCCUGACAACGACCCAGAGUUCAUUCCUCGAAGACACGCUCCUCCGCCGCCAUCUUCCGCAAAGGCCACUCCGGCCAUGUCGAUGUCGUCCAAGAGCCCGCUCGUGGGAACUAUAUCGCGGAUUCCUUCUGGGUCCAAGAAAACGGCGGCCUCGUCGCCGUCCUCGAUCAUCGGCAGUCUCUCGCGGAGAUUUGGCUCCGGCCAUGGCUCUGCCUCCACGAGCGUCCGUUCCGAACGUCCACAAAUUUUGCAUCUGGGAGAGAUGCUGCCGGGCCAAGCAGGCCAAGCAGGCCAAACAAGCCAGACCCCUGCUCAACAGGCUGUGCCGAUCUCUCCUCCGUCGAAUCCGAAAAGAGAGCAGGCAGUUUUCGACGCCAACAAGGAGCUUCCAAUUCCUGUUCCGCAACGACAGGCUCCUGCCGUGCCGCCGACCUCGCCGCCCGCGGUGCCCGUGAAGGACAAGACGCCGGAGAAGAAGGACACUAUCACCGCGGUGAUACCUCCGAUCCCGCUGGUGAAGCCAAAGUCUGGUAAAACACCGCUCACCGAGGCAGAACAGGAGCGCAGACGCGAGCUGCGCAGAGCCAAGGAGAGAAAGUGUCUGCAACGACUGACGGAGAUCUGCUCGGCCGAGGAUCCAAACCAGAAGUACAAGAACCUGGUCAAGGUGGGCCAGGGAGCGUCUGGCGGAGUGUACACGGCAACAGACCUGGAAACCAGUCAUUGCGUGGCCAUCAAACAGAUGGAGCUCGAAAAACAGCCCAAGAAGGAGCUCAUCAUCAACGAGAUUCUGGUGAUGAAGGGCUCGAAGCACGACAACAUCGUCAACUUCAUCGAGGCGUACCUGAUGAAGAGAAACUUGUGGGUGGUGAUGGAGUACAUGGAAGGAGGAUCACUCACAGACAUUAUUAUUCAAAGCGUUCUGACGGAGGGACAGAUGGGUGCUGUUUGUCGCGGAACGUUGCAAGGACUCAAGUUCUUACAUUCCAAGGGAAUCAUCCACAGAGACAUCAAGUCCGAUAAUAUUCUGCUUUCGCUUGAAGGAGACAUCAAGCUGACUGAUUUCGGGUUCUGUGCGCAGAUCAAGGACUUUUCCGCCAAGCGUAACACCAUGGUGGGCACGCCGUACUGGAUGGCUCCCGAGGUGGUCACCAAGUCGGACUACGGUCCAAAAGUGGACAUCUGGUCGUUGGGAAUCAUGACGAUCGAGAUGAUCGAAGGUGACCCGCCAUACAUGAACGAGACCCCGUUGCGCGCGCUUUACUUGAUCACCACGAACGGAAAGCCGACUCUGCACGACCCGGAGGCCUUGUCCGAGGAAAUGAUAAGCUUCCUGGACAGCUGUUUGGAGGUGGACGCUGAGAAACGGUUAACGGCUGUGCAGCUGCUGGACUCGCCGUUCAUUAAAAACGCAGACGAGUACUCGUCGCUCGCCCCGCUCGUCAAGAUGGCCCAGAUGCAGAAGCUCGCAGAACGGUCAGAAAGCGAAGACAACGACCCAUAG